ACUGAUCUCCGACGAGGAUCGUGUUGUGUUAUCCGAGAAUCGACACUAUUUUCGUAAAAUGGAUUAUUCCUAUUUAAACCAAGGAGGUUUCGACCCAACGAGUUGCUCCCUGACUGGAAUGGAAACGGGCCUACCAAAUUGCAGCAUCCCUUGCACCUACCCCGAACUUGGACCAUGUGGACAGGUCACCCAGACAUACCGGUACAACACGGUGAGGGGGUUCGCCAACCCCUCCAUCAGUUCGGCCAGCUGUAGUAUGAUGCCGAGACCCCGAGACCAUCACCAGCCGACAGUCUUCCCUUCUGAUCGGGUGUUUUCUGGUUUGCCAUAUAAAAUGUACUCGCACACACAUGAUGCAUCAAUAAGUCCUGAGAAACGAAAGCAAAGACGAAUCCGAACGACGUUCACAAGUGCGCAGCUAAAAGAAUUAGAAAAGGCAUUCGCCGAGACACAUUACCCAGAUAUUUAUACGCGAGAAGAAAUAGCAAUGAAAAUAGACCUGACGGAAGCACGAGUACAAGUCUGGUUCCAAAACCGACGAGCGAAAUUCCGGAAGAUGGAACGGGCAAAAAAUCAACAACAGACGACAACGUCAAACUCACAGAAUUGUCAGCAACAAGGUCAAACCGGAAGUAAUGGCAAACAGGAAAUGACGUCAAGCAAGGAAACGAAACAAGACAACAAUGCAAAACUUUCGACACCAGAUAAUAAGCAACAGUGGAAUGCACAACCUCAUAAAAAUACUCCGGGCGUGCCGACCUCUCUCCCCAACCAGCCCUCCCUACCUGGCCCAUACUCGGGAGUUCUAUCAGGAACUACGACAGAUUUCAACGGCAACACCGACAACAAAAAUAUCACCGCAUCCAUAUUUUAGGACAAUGCAAUUCAGGACUUUCGUAAACCUAGCUGGAUAGUGAUUUAUAUUAGCCAGGCCCGAGUCAGAGGCAUUACCGUAAUUUCUACAUGGCCAGGGUCCAGUGGUUUAGGAUGAUUACUUUUAGUGCACCGCAAACGAGCGAUUUAAGUCGGUGCUACCUGCGUUUUAAAUCUCUGCUCUAUGCGACAAUUAGUCUCUCGUCUGCGGGUAAAACCGGUAACAGCACGUUUGUGGUGGUCAUCGCAGGUUCGAGUCAUUACCCAACCCAGGAUACCGUCUCGGCUUUUCUCGCGUACAGCAGGUUGCUGCGAAUUAAAUCGCUCGUUUGCGCGGAGUUUGUCAACCACAGCCUUGUGGCAGCCACUUGCAAGUUCUCAUAAUUUCGCGCCGUGAGCAAAGCGUGAAUGAAAAGAUAUUUGUGAUAUCAUUCUUUUGAUUGAUAUAAACAGAAAUAUGUUUCGCAUCUUUGUUACUCUCAGUUCGCACGUACCCCAGCACCACGUGACAGGACUGGUAAUCGAACCGGGUUGAUUGAAUCGGAGUCAAUGUAGUGGGCAUGUGUGGGUAUUAACCUUACCGCAUGCGCAGGCCCUGCUAGUGGCGUAUUCUGCCGAGAGGUGCGAACGAGAUUCAAUUGUUUAUGUUUGUAGCAGUAUUUUCACUACAUUAUUGUAAUUGAAAUGUUGUAUUCUUUCGUAAUCGGUCUCUCUAAGCGCAAAAAGUAUUAGAACAUUUCCGGAACUAUUUUUGUGCGCAAGACAUCUA